UGUGAACUUUUACUAAUCGUUGGAGAAAUUAUCGAUAGUUUUCAACUAACGUAUCGGUAAAUAAAUUCGUUUUCGAGAAAUUCGAUUUUUAUGAUGACGCAUCGAAAAAAAAAAUGUUUUCCUAAAAUCUUAGCUUCUCAUGGAAAAAUGUCUAAAUCAUCUUUUAGGGUUUAUCAAUGAGUUAAGAAAUGAUUGUAAAUCCAAAAAAAAGUAGGAAACUCUUUCAAAGUUAAGACGUAUUGUUUUAAGAUGAACUAUACUGAUAUCGAUAUCUAAAGCCUUUCCAAUUAAUUGUAUUGACAUUAUAAAAAAGAAUGUGAUGAAAUACGAUCGGCAUUAUAGAAAAAAUACGACAAAUCCAUUAAAGAAUGUCGUAAUGUCAUUUGAUAAAAUGAGUUAUCAUCGUGUAUGAGGAAGCAAUAUCAAAUUAAGCCUAGAUUAUAUCCAAGAACUCGAAGAUUUAAUCAAUCAUUUCUUUAUUGUUCGAUACGUUGUUUACAAAAAGUCGAAACGUUUUUACACGUGCAUACAAAAGAAUGUAUAUAUCGAGCAGGAACAUCAUUUUCUUUUUUUUCUAAGAAGAAAAAUCGAAGAUGCAAAAAAGCGAUAAAUGUGCAGAUGGAUUAGAUAAGAAUACAAAAUGUACAUGGUGAAAAAUGAUAAGAAUUUGUACGCUUAUAAAAGUCGCCUGUGUUCCUUGAUAUUGUCAGUUAAAAGAAUCGCGAGCUCGAGAAGCAAAUACAAAAAACAAAAAAGACAAGGUAUUUCACGAUGAAAGGAACAUGGUACGUGGUAAUUACGGUCAUCGCGGCUACAUUGGCCAUUGUUAUGACCGAAGAUACGGUGAUAACACCAAUACCAACGGAAUGUCCCGCAAUAGAUCCUCUCAACUACACUGUCCAUUUGGCGCACGAGUCGGAUUGCACUAAAUUCUACAAAUGUGAUCAUGGCAAAAAGAUCGAGAUGACCUGUCCAUUGAUGAACAAUAACGGAGACAAACUGCACUUCAAUCCUAAACUACAAGUUUGUGACUUUCCAGAUAAAGCUGGUUGUACAUCUUCUACUAAGGAUCCUUCUAAACCUACCCCAUCUGUACCUACCCCAUCUGUACCUACCCCAUCUGUACCUACUCCAUCUAAACCUACCUCAUCCGAAGCUACUCCAUCUAAACCUUCCUCAUCUGAAGCUACUCCAUCUAAACCUUCCUCAUCUGAACCUAUUCCAACUGAACCUACUUCAACUAAACCUUCCUCAUCUAAACCUAACCCAUCUCAACCGAGUUGUUCUCCAGAUGGUGUCGGUCAAUCUCAUGAAUGCUCUUGCGAAAAAUAUUAUCUCUGCAAAAAUAGCGAACUCGUUCUUCAAAAAUGUCCCGAUGGUCUUCAUUGGAACUCCAAAGCAGGCAAGUGCGAUAAAGCUAUCGAGUCGAAUUGUAUCAAAGAGAAAACUUUGAAAUGGUAUUAUUAAUUCGUUUGAACAACGAUGAACUUAUAGGGCAUAAUAUUAGCCAAAAAUGUAAAUAACAAUAUCAUUAUAAAUAAACAUUGCGUCGACGAUAUCGAUAAGAAGUUUAGUAUAAGAAGUAUCGACUAAUUCAGAUAACAGAAUUAAUAAAAUAAGUUGCGAUAUAAAUAGAAAUUUGGUUCAAUAAUUAUAAUAAUUCGAUGUCAAUUUUAUCGUUAAAUCAAAAGCGCGCUUUUUAUUACAAUGGAAACAUUAUUUCUUAUCGAUGAUACAAGUCGAUAAAAUAGUUAUCUCUCACAUUGUCAUUCGGCGACAUCUAGCAUUAUUUAAGCGCAACUAAAGUAUCAUACGAUAAUAAGUAUCACACUCUCUGCUGUUUUUGUGGAGAAAUAUAUCAAUGAAAGAUUUAUAAUAUUGAUUAAUAAUUUGAUUGUAUCUCACAUUUGAUUUCUUUUUAUCUCUAUUUAUAUUCCUGUAAAAAAGAAUUGUCGAAUUUUCGAUAAACGAUAUCAUUGAAAGAAGUAGCUUGAUUUUUUAUUUAAUUUAAUUAAGUAGCUUAAUUUUUUUUCCUCUUUUUUUUUUUUUUUUUUUUUUUUUUUUAACUCGUACACGUCAUUCCAAUUAUCGCAGACAUUGUUUGAUUACUGCAGAAAUAUCUUUAUAAUUACAUGACAAGAUUUACAAGCGAUUACGAUAAUAAUUUGUAUUCAACUAUAUAAUUUUCGGAUGUACAAUUAUUACCGAGCGUACGAACGAAAAGUGGAAGUUAAUCUUAAAGAUGGCGCACGUUAUUUCAGAUAUUUAUCUGGUUGUAUAAGAAUUAUAAUUUGUUUAAUAUCCAAAUAUCCUGCUUGACGUUUUGUUGAUUAUAUAAAUUAUUUCCCAAAUCGGCAAAUACAUUGUAAAUUGUAGCUAACAUUAAAACAGAUUACUAUUAUUGUCUCUAUCAUUAUUUAUUAAUAUUUAAAAAGGUUAUAGAAAGAUAUAGUUGUGCAAUAACAUUCCAAUGAUCGUUUUAUCUUUACACAAAUUAUUAUUAUCGUAUAUUACGUUCCGCGUGAUGUUAUAUCGUAAAAAAAAAAAGGAGAAAAAAAAAUUCACGUUAAAAAUAUAUUAAAUAUUAUAUUAAAUAUUAUAUAAAAUAUAUUUAUUAAUGAACUUUUGUAAAUCUAUUUGUAUGGAAUAUAACAUAAACCCAUACACCAAGGCCUCUUGGCUUUUUUUUUUCUUUUUUAAAAGUUAGUUUAUUUGUCACAGCUCUUUAUAUGUACAUAAGUAUAAUCUAACUUAGAAGACUUUGAACAAUGUUAUAUUAUAACACUAGCUAUAAGUUAUAUAUACGAUAAAUCUCCAUAGCGAUCGGUAAUCUAGGAUAUUAAUUAUUAGAAUAAUAAUUAUUAAUCUUAUAACUGUGAUUAAAUAAUCAAUAAAUAGUACUAUAUGUAUAACCAA